AUGAAAAGAAUCCUGGGUGAGGCGUGGAAGCUGAAAAAAGACUUCGAUAUUCAAGUUACUAGAGAUAACAGUCUACGCUUACAACUAUAUUGCUACGAUGACAAAAAUAAGGUCCUACUUGGAGGACCUUGGCAUCUAGAGCGACAGCUACUUAUCUUCAAAGAUGUUCCUCCAGAUCUGGAUAUGAAGAAAUUGGAUUUCACAAAUACAGAUUUUUGGGUGCGUGUUCGAGGUCUACCACUAAAACUACGAAACCAGCAGAUGGCUGAGAAGAUUGGUGAGAUGUUCGGGGGUUUUGUUAGAUGGGACGAGCUGCAUUCUGGUGUUAGCAGUGAGUUUUUGCGAUUAAGAGUUACGAUGAAUGUGACGAAACCGCUUAGAAGGGUGAUUAAACUGCAAGGAAAGGAAGGUACAGUCUCUUACAAAAUUGGAUACGAAAGGAUGCCUAUAUACUGCUUCAGAUGCGGAAUCCUGGGUCAUUUGAAGAAAUCUUGUGCGAAGAAUCAGGAGGGACAAAACGAUGAGGCAGAUCCUUAUGGACCUUGGCUUAGAGCAGAAUCACCCCUAAGAAGAAUUCCAAUGAAGGAAAAAGAGAAAACAAAGAACCUGGUUAAGCUUUGGGAGGAGGUCAAAGCGGAGAGAGAGAAGAAGACUACGGAGGUGGUGCCAUUAAGAAAAGUUGAUACACUGGAAAAACCUCAAAGCAAUGACAUUGUGGAUGAUCUACAGUUUUUGUCUGUAAAAGGAAGAGGGAAUGGGGAACAAAACAAGGCAGUAGAAAACAAAAUAGAAGACUCAGAUAGGCAUACUAAUCAACAAAGCACUCUCCUGUUAGUGGAAAGGAAAGAGUUUGAGAAUAAUGAAGUAUCCAAAGAGAAGUCAGCAAAUGAGAAUGUGAUUCUCUCUGUGAGAACUGAAGGGAAAAAGUGGAAAAGAGUCGAUAGAACGAACCCUUCUACUAGGCAGCAGACAGUUAACACAGUGACAGCUGGAAAAAGAGAUAGCUAUGACGAUAUGGAGAUUGAUGUUGAUGUUACUCAAGAGAAGAAACAGAAAGCCCUAAAAACUCCCCCUAUGGAUGGCGAUGUGGCGGUCCCUGCCGAGGAGCAGGGCCGCCGAGCCCAAUGA